UAAAUUUUACCAUGAAUGAAUAGCAACAUUUCUCGUCUCUCUCGUGUUCCAAUCAAACGCGUCCACUCCCACUCGUAGUUCUGUUCUAGUUGCAGAUACUGUACGAGUGAUCAAUACCAGCAAACCUUUCUGCUCGACGGUAUCGGUUUCUCUCUGAGGUGUCUGCCCGAGCCAGCCCAACAACCCUCACAAGCCAGGGCCUCGUUCAGGAGCAUCAUCGCAUGGAUUCAACUGAUCCUUGCAAACCGUCCAAAGUGAAGAACGAAGAAACAGAAGACGGAUCACCAGCAAAGCGACGCUGCUCUCGAGAUUCUACGCUUCAUGCCUCAGCUGCCACCGGUGGCAUCUGUGCGUCGCAAUGUCGACAUAUAAAAGAGUUACCAAGAUCAGUGUUAAAGCAGAUCUUCGGAUACCUGAGUCUGGAUGAUCUGCAGGCAUGCAAGGCAACAUGUCACUCGUGGCAUUCCAUUGCUGCCGAUACAAAUUAUCGCAAGUACAUGAAGAUGUACUUCAGCUAUUGGCAGCGGGAUCCAGCGGUCUGCGAAGCAGUAAAUCAAUAUCUCGGGUCUUCGUACGAGUUGUCACCUUGUGAUUGCCUGUUCUUCUUGAUCAGAGCUGUGGAGGAUGUUGUGAGGCCAGGGUAUUGUCCAGAUCGCGCCACUUUGGAACUGCUGUCAUCCUUUCCUGCAGCAGAGGAAUAUGUCAAGGCGCUCUUUCCGCAGCCCAGAUCGACAUGGCCUCUCGUAACGGCUAUGACAUACUUUGCUAACGGAGUUGAUGAAAUCAUUCAGAUAAUAGAGGCCAGCAACGCGAACUGCCCUUUCAACGACUUCAUCAUCGACUUGUUUUUCGCCAUCGCCUUAAUCCUAUUGGCACUGGAGAGAACUAUCCGCAUAUCCCCUUACUAUCAUUACAAGGUAUACUAUGCGCUGUGCAACAUCAGCAAAGUACCUGGAGACACUGCAGGUAAGACAUUAACUUCAGAGCAGCUGCGUAUCUUACAGACACGACCUGUGCGUGGAGACGUCAUCAAGAUCACUGCUUUUGCAGGCACUGGAAAGACCUACACGCUGGAGCAAAUGAUUCGAAAAUGGGCAUCACCAUCAUACUACAUUCUCUACGUCUCCUUCAACAAGUCAAUUCAAGAAGAAGCAGCGAAGAAUUUUAAUACGUUUGUGGACGUACAGUGUCGCACUAUGCAUUCCCUGGUUCACGCGCGAUAUCCAUUUGAUUUGGAACUGAAGGACCUGCAUUACCGGCUUGGGGCAAUUCGUGAUCUGCUGGGACUGGAUGCCCGUGGUGCAGCGAAGAUUGUCGUUCAGACUGUGAAGAGCUUCAUGGCGUCGGCUGACACUGAGAUUUCCAGGCGCCAUUUGCCGGGCACUCGGAUGUAUCUGCCAGAUAAUCGGCAGAGGCGCAGUAUCGACGAGGUCCUGGAAGCGGCGCGGAGAGCAUUGCCUGAAGAGGUCUUUGAUAACUGGAUACGUGAACAUGAGCCCCUAGAAGAACAGCUGUGCUAUCUGAAAGAAGAUGAUGCAGUGAAGCAUGCAAAGCUGCUAUGGGACAUUGUCAGCGACGCUAAGCGGUUUUACAAGGAGCUGGAGGAUCCUGAUGAGUCUGACCGGCCACACUUGCAAUCUCCUAAAAAGCCGCACUUGCAAUCUCCUAAAAAGCCGUCUGAUCGGAAACUCUUGCAAUCUCCUAAAAAGCCUCGAACUAAGCUAAUAACGGCAGUGGCAUUGAAGGUUUGUCAACUGGAGCAACUGAAACAACCUGACCUGUUCGAUGGCCAAUGCAUUCUUGUUGAUGAAGCUCAGGACUUCACCGACUGUGAUAUUAGUAUGCUAUUGCAGCAGAAAUCGAAUUGUGGACUUGUGUUUGUGGGUGACCCCAACCAGUCCAUAUAUCGCUUUAACCACGUACGGCCGGAAACAUUUCCGUCUAUUUCGGCCACCAAGUCGUUUUCGCUGACCGAAUCUUUCAGGUUCGGGCCGAACAUCGCGUUUCUUUCGUCAUUGCUACUACGUCUCAACAAAGGCAAUGGUGGCAGCUUCUUGACCGGUCUCCUUCCGUCGCAAGCUCAAGAUUCUCUGUGCGGAACUGUGCGCCCACCUCCUGAAAAGGUGUACGUUCUAGCAAAGGAAAACUUGACGCUGAUCGACUAUGCGCUGAACGUGUUUCUGAAUGAUUCCGACUCUGAGCCACCUUUGCGUGUGUACAUCAAUAUGCAGAACAUUUGGAGCAAAUUGAGACGACUGCAGGUGCUACACAGCAUCUAUGCUAACAUGAUGAAUCUCAACUCACCCAAUCAGCAAAAAUCUAAAAAGCAAUACUUCCAGCUAAGGAAUAUGGAGAUGAAAGGCUCUGGCUGCAUGGUCAAAAGUUUUUCGAUUGUGGAGAAGUACCAUUGUAAAGAUCUGAGCAAAAUGCUCGAAGUAGCUAUGUGGAAGGAGAAGGUUCAUACCAAUGAGGAAACAGCUGAUGUUGUACUGUCCACAGUGCAUAUGGCCAAGGGAAGAACUCUUGAUCAUGUCAUCUUGGCAAAGGAUAUCUUUGGCGCUGCCGAGCUAGAUGUGGAACAAUACUUUGCUGGGCACCGUUCCUCUUCCGGGAUCGAAGUUGAGCAGGUCAACGUGGCGUAUGUGGCAUGCAGCAGAGCACGCCACUCGCUUUUGCUCAGCAAGGGCCUAGUUCACUUCUUCGAGCGCUUUGAUCGUAGGUGUACGCUUACCGUGGCAGGUGAUCUCGACUUCUUCUACCCUGAGGAAUCGGGGAAUACUAUUGCAAUGGAGGACAAUGUGUUCCCUGUGUGCGAAGAGCACGCCAGCAGUGAAAGUGCAAAGAUCUGCGUGCUGGGCCACCGUUACCCACACUCGGUUAUCGCGUCGAAUCCCCGUUGCUAUGAACGGCAGGAGUGCGGCAUUACUCCGCACGAGCCUGCUGAUUGUCUAUUUUGUCGGCCGGCGAAGGUGUUUGGUGUUGGCUGCCUGAGGCCCCUGGGCAUAAUCCCGCCACAGGUAUCACUUACGCAGAUUUCAGUUGACUAUGACGCAAGCUUUGAUGAAACUUCCAUUUUGCCUUGUUCCUGUAGCAGCGGUUCGACUUUUCCGAACAUUCUGACGCUACGGAGAGGUGAUGUGUCAAGUUUCGAUGGUUCCUUUUCUCCUCCGGAACUCACCUCACUUGCCACGCUGUAGAUAGUGUUGUGUGACCAUGGACCACAUAGAGUUGGCAAUGCGCACUUACAACUCGUAGAUGUUGCACUGGUUGUGUUGGUAGAGGCGUGCAUGGUACGAAUGAAGCCUCAGCUUGCUACCAAUGCCUUCCUUUUGCUCAAUUGCACACACUGUCCGAUAUGACUGGAGUUCACGGUUUGCCAAAUACUUGCCAUUCCAUGUUCCUAAUCUGGGUUUUUUGUACACACUGCAGUCCUUCCGAAGUAUUAUUUAUUAUCAUGCCUAAAACAUCUGAUCAGUCUCUAUGAAUAUCUGUUGAGCCUCUUGCCGACGUAAAAAUUAAUAAUUUCUGGUUUCCAACGUUUCUGUUACUUUGGUAAUUAUUAUUAAAUUUUUGUUAUUGCUGCUUUCUAUUUCUCAAAGCAUGACAUAUUCUUGUUCAUUUUGGUAUAAUCUACUUUGGUAGACACAUUUUUUUUGCGAUGAAUGAUUUUUGAUGCUUGCUGCUGCUGAUUUUUGGUGCUUGCUGCUGCCUUCAAUCCUGGGUGGUGAUUUUCCCUUAGGUUUAUAAAAAAAAUCAUUAGGUCUAGCGCUCCGCUGCUUAGUGGUCCUGCAUAGCUUCAACGUAGUGCUGCUUAGUUGGGCUCCUUUCCA